AUGUCAUCAAGUCUUCAGGAUGUGUCACUUGCAAAGUGGCAAUGGCAAGAUCCAUUAACGAGAUUCUUCCUAAUUACCAUAAUAUUUAUAUGGGGUUAUGUUCUCGAGCUUUGUGGAGAGCAUCCUGAUUAUAAUCCCGAACUUCAGUAUUUGAUGAGUUUCGGAUCAUUUAUAGUGGCCCUUAUUGUUGGGAUCCUGGCUCAAGCGACUCUUGCUCAUAUGUUUGCUUACAUACAAGGCUACUUUUUGCUCAGAAGACAUGGAAUUCCUCUCGAAGCCAUCAUGAGUGGUGAACAAACUCCAUUAAGAGUUCUAUCAGCAUGUCUUGUAAUAUUUAAACAAAAUGAUGUCAGUACUAAAGGUUAUAAAAAACGAAGGUACACUAAAUACUUUCAGAUAGCUUUGUACGCGAGCACUUUAUUUGUUUAUGUUGCAAGUGUUGGUGCUGGUGCGUACGCUUCAUCAAAGUUGGGAACGCCUUACGUUUAUAUUACCACCCCAAUUAAAUGGGCACAAACUCCAACGGUGGGGAAACAGGAUAGCUUGAAUAAUGCGUUUAUUUCUCGGAAUUUCAUCGGAGCAUUGAACAUGAUUCAAUUUAAUUCAUUGGCUAAAUGGGUUGAUAAGACCAGAGGAGAUAAACGAGAGAUAGCAUUUCUGCCAGUAACUUUUACUACAUUAAAGGAUGCUUUAGUAAAUGCCAACCUUGGAGAUACGAAUGGUAUCAAGUGGAGGGUAGAAAUGGAAUUGGAUAAUAUUAAUAUGCAAUACUUGGCCGCUCAAUGUAAUGCUGAUCCAAAUCCUCCUUGCGAUUCUAAUAUUACAGGAACAUUUGUCGGUAGGUAUGUUAGUAAAGAAAACAAAACCAUCUCAUGGGAAUUAUGCAAUUUGCCCUCCCCCUUUGAAGGUUCGGUACGACUGGAUUGUCCCGUAACCUUAAAACAAGGACUCUUUCCUCGUGUAAUAAGUGAACUUCCUGGAAAUAGCCCUCGUGAUGAACAUUUGGCUGAAAUUUUGUUGCGAAAGGACGAACUAACAGAUUUAGGGGAACUUUUAGAUGAGCUACUUGAAACCAUGGAAAAGGUAUUUCAACGUCCUUCGGAAUGGACUGACUUAAUUUCCAUUAAUGUUAUAGAACAGUUGGUUGCUGGUUGGGGAUGUCGUGCAGGAAACUUCACAUGUGCCCAGGUUAAAGGAGCAUCGACAACCGUACGAUACGUUGGGGCAUUAUUGGAAGCCGCAUCCAAUAUGUACCCUGUUGACUAUUUAAUUAACGUGGAUGAAUUGAUAGGAAAUAGUACAUCAACCGGUACUUUAACGGCUACUCAUAAAGUGUGUAAGGGAGGUAGAGAUCCAAUGAUAUCGGUUGGAUUAAUGAUAUCCGUACCACUAUUAAUGAUAAUUGUUGAAUUAUUACCAUUGUUAUUUGGUAAUAAAGUGUGGUGGCUGGCUUCUGAUAUCGGAUUUAAACAUAUUGCUUUGUUGCGAAGUACUAGACCAUGUGGAACGAAAUGUAAAAAUGAUUUAAUUGAUUUACCAAAAUGUACUACUCGUCCCGAUGAAAUUCCUUGUCAAACAAUAGUUAGGUUUAGUGAAAAUGAUGACCAUUUCGGAUUAUCAUCUGAUCUUUAG